AUGUUCUGCACCGACUGCAGAAAGAAUAAGCGGGAAAUACGCAGCCCUUGUGUUUUUGAAGUCCUUGUCAACGGCGAAGUUAUCAGUGCUGAGCCGAUCGUGUCAUCAUCACAGGGCGCUCUUUCAAUAACGACCAACCCUGUUGGUGAGAAGGAAUCAUAUGAACUCGUGUUCAGACAGACGUGUAAUGGCGAGAUUAUUGAUGCACUGCUUAGCGGCGUGACUAUCAAGGGAAGUGCUGGUGCAACUUCUAAACCUAUCCCUCCUGUCAACAUUGGGCCUGAGACUGGUUCUGCUACUACCAACAGUGAGGGCGAUACCAUUGUCCCUACCGCUACUGAUAGUGCUGGAUUUACCACAAACUCGGAGGGCCAGACCGUUUUCCCUACUGAUACUAACAGUGAGGGAGCUACUACCAACUCCGAGGGCGAGACUGUCUUCCCCACUGAAACCCAAACAGGCGACUCGACGAACAGCGCUGGCUUCACUACCAAUUCCCAAGGCGAAACCAUCUUUCCUACGGAGACCCAGACCGAUGACUCUACCAACAGUGCUGGUUUCACCACUAACUCUGAGGGCGAGACUGUCGGCCCUACUGGAACGGCGACUGGCACGUCUCCGUCUUCUUCUUCUGCGUCUCCCGCAGGCUUUCCUAGCGACAUCAGUGCCUUUACUCUCUUUGGGUGUGUUGGCUCUACUGUUGGCUUUCCUACCUUUGAACUUGCCGAGUCCAAUGGAUCCAUGGAUCUUGACGCUUGUUCCAUCCUCUGUGAGGGACGUGCUUACUUUGGCGUUUAUGAUACGUCUUGCCACUGCGGAGAUGAGGUCAAUGCCGCAGAUACCAGCCGAGUCAACCUCGACCAGUGCGAUAUCGAGUGCCCCGGAGACGAUAACCAAUUCUGCGGUGGUGAAUCUCGCGCCGACAAGCUCCGAGCCCGCCAAAAUGUCUCCAACAGUCGACUCCUCACCGUCUACGUCGCUACCGAGGCUGCUAUCACAGUUACAGACUCUGUGGCUCAAACAGUAACUGACCAGGAGACUGUCAUUACCACAUUCACCACCACCGUCACUGGCGCCACAGGCAUAACCACCCAAGCUAUUACUGCUACUCUGGUAUGCUUUUCUGGAAAGUGCUAUUCUACCAGUUCCAGCUAUGUUACUGUGUAUAUCUUUGUUGGGAUCAACAGCAGUGAGUGUGAUGGCCAAUGGGUGUACAUUUCGGAACCUUGCUCUUGCGCUGGUGGUCAAAGAUAUGUUCCUCAAUUCUGCACAGGAGGCAGCUGUUCUGGCCUCAAGGUUUACAAGGUUGAAGAGUGCCAUGAUUGGUAUAACUACAACUCUUUCUUUGUCCCUUCGGAUUGUGCGACUUGUGCCGAGGGUAGGGUUAUGUACCAGCCUUGGGAGAAGUCUUGGGGUACACCUGACAAUUGUAACGGCGAUGUUCCUGUUUGCAACGGUUAUGAUUGCCCCAGCAAGCCCAAUGGUGGGGGAUCUCACGCUGGUGGUAAAUGGAAUUCGACUGCCCCUCAUGGAGGCUCUCAAAACGGUACUAGCGGAUGGUCCCAUGGAGGUUCUAACGGAGGUUCACAAGGCGGUUCAAAUGGUUCCAGCUCGAGCUCUCACGAAACCCCCAAUGGUAACUCCAACGAUGGUUCUGAGGGCAUCUCUAGCUCUGGUGCCAACGGCAGUCCCAGUGGCGCUUCUGGUGCUGGAUCUCAAGCAGGCUCCCACGGUUCGAAUAGUGGUGGUUCACAGGGUUCUGGGACUGGUGGCCAGCCGAGCACUGCCCCCAUUGUUGUGAGUGGUGCCGGUAAGCAAACUACCGGUGCUCUUGGUCUCCUUACUAUCCUUGCAGCCCUUCUUUAG